AUGCUUGGCGAGCCUCUCCUUGCAUGGGCCGUGGGUGAGGUCGCCGUUCCUGCCCCCGCCCCCACUACCGUCGGUCGCCCACGCCCCUGCUGGUCACAUCGGCAGCCAGCCUUGCCACCGCCCCCGCUGGUUGCUUUCGCUGCCGACCCCGCCCUCGCCCCCGCCGAUUUCCUGUCGUGGACAAGGCGAGCGGUGAGGCUGUGGGCGAGGUCACCUGCGGCGAGGUUGCCGUUCCUGCCCCUGCCCCCACCACCACCGGUCGGCCCCGCCCCUGCUGGUCGCUUCGGCCGCCGGCCCCGCCCUCGUCUGCCGGCCACACCCCUGCUAGUUGCUUCCGCCCGCCGCCUCCUGGUCGGAAGACCUAGAAAAAUGCUAAGUGUUGCUCUGUUCGAUGCAACCUGGUCGGAAGGUCCCACUUGUCAAUGA